ACAAAGCAGCCCUAGCAUGUAUUCCAAAUGUAAUCCUUUGACGUCAUAAUAUAUUACACUUUACUUCAAAGAUCACCGAGGACUAAGGCUGUCACCCGUAUAACAAUACAUUGAAAAGUAAAAGCCAGUAACGGCUGAAGUUAAACUAAAGAACAUAUAGAAUGGUGUGAAAUGGCAGUUAUGUAAGGAAACCUGUUUCUCUAGCAUACAUAUGUAAAGUGCACCCAGAAGCACAAAAAAUUUAAAUCUGGACCUCCCAUCCAGCUUAAAACCAAGGCCAUGUCGCUGUUUCAGUCAAGACAGGACACGAGAGAGUCAUUCUGAACCGGAGCAGAUCUAGGACACACAAUGGCACACAACCUCUCAACUACUGAAUACAAUAAGGAUGUGGAGUUUGUGCACACUGGCUAUGGGAAGAAUACAGUGAAGGUGAUGCAUGUCAGACGAGAAGGGAGGCAACACUACAUUAAAGAGAUCAAGGCAGAUGUGGAGCUGACUUUAAGGACACGCAAGGACUACCUGGCUGGGGACAACUCGGACAUCAUUCCCACUGACACCAUGAAGAACACUGUCCACGCACUGGCAAAACUGAAAGGGAUCCGGACCAUUGAAAUAUUUGCCAUGGAUAUAUGUGACCACUUCUUAACAAACUUCAAGCAUGUUACACGAGCCAAGGUUUACAUUGAGGAGGCUCCAUGGAAACGCCUGGAGAGGAAUGGCACUGAGCAUGUCCAUGCCUUCAUUUACAACCAGGAAUCCAUUCACUUCUGUGAAGUUGAACAGAAACAAAAUGAGAGCCCAGUGGUCCAUGCAGGUCUGAAAGACAUGAAAAUCCUGAAGACCACCAAGUCGGGCUUUACAGGUUUUUUGAAGGACAGGUUCACAACACUGCCUGAAACCCAGGACAGGUUCUUCUGCACAGCUGUCUAUGCAAAGUGGCGCUACAACAAGUUCAGGAACUUCUCCUUCGACACAGCAUGGAAAACUGUGAAAGAAACCAUUAUUGAAAGGUUUGCAGGCCCCUAUGACAAGGGUGAAUUCUCACCUUCAGUUCAGAAGACUCUCUAUGAAGCCCAGGUUCUCAUCCUGCAGAGAGUACCAGAGGUUGAGGAGAUUGAGAUUGUUAUGCCAAACCAACAUUAUUUCACCAUAGACAUGACAAAAAUGGGACUUGAAAACAAAGAUGAAGUACUGCUGCCACUUGACAACCCAUCAGGGAAUAUUACAGGCACGGUACGGAGAAAACAGUGGUCUCGACUUUGAAGAGCAGAAGAGGAGACUUUAUACAGCGGGGGGAAAAGGUGGCACCUACAAACCUUUUUGCACACUUACCACGACGGCAUCUUAACCAGAAAAGGCUUGUUUGGUUUAAUUCAUCCCACGUGAAAAACAUAACAAUAGCAACAGGCUUGUUUACGGCUUGGAAUAAAAUGUUUAUUGGAGGUUAACGCACUGUGUGCUUUACCAGUUACAGCUGAUUAACUGUGCUGCCAAUAAAGCUGAAUUAAUUACGUUUUGUGGA